UUUAAUCCUUGAAAAGUUUAAACGAUUUGACUGCCACAAAUGAACUUUAUGUCCCCUCCAUUUAUACCCUUGCUACUUCAAAGAUUAUAUGAAAGUCGGUCUUCAGAUCGGACCCGCGAUUGCUUCGAGAAGAUUACGGUUUACGGGUUUCCCUCUUCUUCUUCUUCUUGUUCUUAAUUGCUGUCUCUUUUCUCUGGGUUUUGUUCUUUAGUUUGUUUUGUGGAAAGAAUCUACCAAUCCCGUGGAAGAAUCUACUUCUAAUGAAGAAUUUGCAGCAGAAGCAGGAGAUGCUUCCAUUGGUCAAUUGAAUGGAGCUGCCACAAAUCAUCAAGUAUGACCGUGAUGAUCCCGUUGCUGCUUCACCUUGUGGCAGAGAGACAGUCGAUGAUCUUUCGCUUGUUCCAUACUCUCCUCCUCAUGGAGAGACUAAUUCACCUGAGGAUACUGCAGGAAUGGAGCUGCAGAAGAUGUAUGAUGAGAAUGUUCAAGGGAAAAACGAAACUUCGGAAUGGAAAGUUUGAUUUCAGAUGUUUCUGAACUGUUGAUCCUCGGCUCACCUAAUGAUUCAGAGGCUUUUAGAUGCCUUAUGAUGCAGAGAGCAUCAACCUCUGGUGUGGAGAUACCAAAGAUGCAGCCAAGUUCAGACAAUGAACCGGAGUCCUCGGAUGCGAUUCCUUGUGAGGUUGUUUCAUUCAUGCACCGAGGUAUAAGAAAACGUUGCUUGGACUUUGAGAUUCCUGGGAAUAAGCAAACAUCGAGUGAGAGUAACAACUCGGCUUGUGAAUCCUCGUCGAGAUGUGUUUUACCGAGUAUUGGUCGCAAACAGAUUGAAUCUCGGAACCCACUUGCAUUUGCUCCUAAAGUCAUUAGGAGCUCUGAUUCGGUUAUAGAAACUGGGGUAAGAACCCUUUAUCCCGCUUCUGCACGCCGUAAACGUGGCUGCAACUGCAAAAAAUCAAACUGUCUGAAGAAAUAUUGCGAAUGCUUUCAGGGUGGUGUGGGAUGUUCCAUAAACUGUAGAUGUGAAGGGUCUAACAACGCAUUCGGCCGCAAAGAUGAUUAGUUUCUCUGCUUCUGACUUAGAAAAUUUGGAAACUUUUAGAAUCCCACAUGACUUAUAUAUAUCCCUUAUAACUGUCUGCUUCCAAGUUUCCAAUAAUAGCGAUCCGGGAGAUAAAAAUUUUGAAGGAGCUUCAUCAUGAAAAUGUCAUCCAUUUGAAAGAGAUUCUGACUUCUCCAGGUCGAGAUAGGGACGAUCAAGAAAGCCAGGUUAGUGGAGCGUAUUCAACAUCUAAUUAUUAUCUGUAGACUAAAUGUCUCUUGACGUAUUUGGUCAUGUCUAAUGGCCUGCAACUACCUAUAAUGUCUGUGAAAUAUUGUUGUAUUCAACAUUUUUGCGUUCUAAAAUACGUUUUUCAGGACUGUUGGAACCCUUAGUGACUCCUUUUGCUACAUCUCGAGCUGAUUAGGAUGAAUUGGUAGAGCUAAUGUUGAAAGGAGACAUGGGUAUAUACUUUCCCUAAUCCAAUCUUCAUACUGCUUAUAUAGUUAUUUUUAGUGUAUGUUCUGCAGUUCACAUGAUUUUGUUAUCCCUUAGGUGUCGUUGGUGCUUAUGGUUAUCACCGUAAAGAAUGAAAGCCAAAAUGGUGGGAUGAUAACACCGUAUUUUGACCACUUUUAUGGAUCGUUUUGAAAUACUUUUUCUAUGUUUUUAAUUGCUUUUAAGUACUUUUAUUACG